AUGCAGAUUCAGUUUACAACAACAGGACUAUCGAUAGCCGAGAAGAGUUUGAUCCAAGAGUUGUUUGUUGGGAGCUUGUUUGUGCUCUCUGAAAGUAUGUCUUUUGAAACGGCCUAUCUACUGGCAUCGCGGAACUUCUUUUCGGAUAAGCGAGUAUUAGCGGAUAAAUGGGGAAUUCCCGUGAUUAAUGUGGCCUGGGUGUAUACUUCGUUGUGUGAGAAGAGUAUUAUGAGAUAUGAAUUGCGGCGGUAUGAAGGGUGCUUCUUUAGUACCACAGGCAUUACCAAUCCCGUCUUCAUUAACUACUUUCGGCUGCAAGGAGCAACCUAUACACCAGCACUGACACGUGUGUGCGACUUUCUUGUCGUGAGCAGUAAGUCCCUGGCCAGCUUAAAAACCGAAUAUGCCCGUGAGAAUGGAAUUCCCAUUGUGGCCGCUGAGGAUGUCUUCUUGAACCGACUGGAAAAGACUGAGAAGCCAGUGCGAUAUGAUGCAAUUUCCAGUCCUGACCAAGCAAAAGAAGAGAUAUUCAAUGGACUGCUAUUCUAUUUUGAAGGAAGUUUACCCAUUCAUUCUUUGGUGCGGCAGGUAAUUGUCGAGCAUGGCGGUAAUCGCGUGCAAAGGCGUGGGAGUGACGUAGACCAUGUAGUGUAUUUUACUGGGAGUAAGCGCGAGAAGAAUGCAGUGCGGUACCAGUGGAUUUUAGAUAGUGCAGAAAUGGGAGUAUUACUAUCACCCGAGCCAUACCGACUUGUGGAUGAAGAGCUACCCAGUCUGCCCUUAGGGCGCAUGACAACUUACUUGGUAGUGGGUAAAAGUGAAGGUCUCAAAACAGCGAACAAAGUAAAGGCCUUAGGGGGUAAAGUAGUCGGACAAAUGGGCAGUCAGGUCAGUCAUUGUAUUGUGGAAAGUCGAGGCAAGAUAGAGAGUGUGCAGAAGAAGUUACUACUUGAGAAGUACCGGAUAAGCACCUGUCCAAUUGAAUGGCUGGACCAGUGUAUUUACCAUAUGGCCCGAGUAAAGGAGCCAUCGGCAACAGGAUAUACUGGCCAGCUGCCCGGUAGUGGACUGGUGAUCAAGCCAGAAAGGAAGAGAAUUCUACUAAGUCGGGCCAAAGAAGACCUCUGCGGCUGGACAGUGCAGUUUACUGGAGUAGGAGACGAGUUGAAGAAGGAAGCAGAGGCGAUAUUGACGGGAAAAGGUGCAGUUGUGCUGGACACUCAGGAAUUUUCAACUGAGUGCACUCAUUUAGUAGUGGGAAGUAUCAACUUGUCCUUAAAGUUUCUAUCAGCUGUAGCAACUGGAGUAAAACUCGUGGACUACCGAAUUAUUGAUGACUUAAAGAAGAGUGCAUAUACACGAGCAGAGGACUAUUCUUUAUUGGAUCGAGACAUUCGAGUCGAUGUCGGGAAGAACGAGCGCCUAGUUAAGAAGCUGAUUCAGGCCGCGCCUAGGUGGAAAGAGCGCAAAGAAGAGAGCGGCCAAGCGGCCUUUACUGGGUGGAGAGUUUGUAUGCUAGUUGAGAAAGAGAGGUACAAGUUUGAGAAGCUCAUUGCAAAUGGCGGCGGCGAGAUUGUUCCAGAGGUCUCACAAGAGAAUUAUGAUUCAGACAUUAUGGUUUUCACGGACAAGACGACCGUGCAGCCAGAUUAUGUUUCACAGAAGAGUAUUAUCCAGAUAACAGAUAUUUUGAAGUAUUUAGCACAGGUAGAUACAAAUUAG